AUGAAGACACUUUUCAGAACCACGCUCGCCAUAGCGACAACCAUGAUCCCACUACUAGCACACGCUUCCGUAGAAACACCAGGCCUCCUCCCCGCUCCCCCGAUGGGAUUCAACAACUGGGCACGGUUCAUGUGUGACCUGAACGAGACACUAUUCGUCGAGACAGCAGAUCGAAUGGUAUCGAACGGGCUCCUCUCCGCAGGGUACGAAUGGAUCAACCUAGAUGAUUGCUGGAUGACGCACGAACGGGCAUCGAACGGUUCCCUGGAAUGGAAUUCGACCCUGUUCCCGCGGGGACUACCAUGGCUGGGAGAAUACGUCAAGGGCAAGGGAUUCCGGUUCGGUAUCUACGAGGAUGCAGGCACGCAGACCUGCGGCGGAUAUCCCGGGUCAUUGGGCCAUGAGCAGCAAGAUGCGGAGACAUUUGCGUCAUGGGGCGUGGAGUAUCUCAAACUAGAUGGAUGUAAUGUGUCCCCCCAGGGGGGACGGACAUUGCAGGAGGAAUACGAGCAUCUGUAUAGCAUGUGGCAUGGGAUUCUCAGUGGGAUGGAGAAACCGUUGGUGUUUUCCGAGUCGGCUCCAGCAUAUUUCGUGAAUGAGAAGAGUCUUACCGAUUGGUAUAAAGUGAUGGGAUGGGUGCCCGGGUAUGGGGAGUUGGCGAGACAUUCGAACGAUAUCAUCGUGUAUGGAGGACAGGGCAGUGCGUGGGACAGCGUGAUGCUGAACUAUCAUUACAACACGUUGGUUGCGCGGUACCAGCGUCCCGGGUACUAUAACGAUCCGGAUUUUCUAAUUGUCGACCAUCCGGGACUGACGAUGGAUGAGAAACGGUCGCAGUUUGCGCUGUGGGCGUCGUUCUCUGCGCCGCUUAUCAUUAGCGCGUACAUGCCCGACGUGACGGAGGAGGAGCUCGCGUUCCUGACCAACCGCGCCUUGAUUGAGGUGGAUCAGGAUCCGAAAGCCCAGCAAGCGACUUUGGCGAGUCGCGACCAGAGCCUGGAUGUGUUGACCCGCAGUCUGGCGAACGGGGAUCGGCUCGUGACGGUGCUGAACCGUGGAUCCGGGUCCACGAGCCAUUCGGUGCCCGUGUCCUGGCUGGGGUUGUCGUCUGAAUGUGCUUAUGAUGCGGAGAACUUGUGGGAUGGUUCAAAGCAGAAGGUCGACGGACAGAUCAAGGUCCAGCUGGCAUCGCAUGCGACCGGGGUGUAUCGGCUUCAUUUGCCGGAGGGAUGCGAGACGGUGAUCCCGACGGGUCUGGUUUUCAACACCAAGUCGGGAAAUUGUCUCACGGAGGCCAAUGGGUCCGUGAGAUUUGAAGCGUGCAAGGGAGAUGAGUCGCAGAUCUGGCAGAUGCGCUCCUCAGGGGAGUUGCGCCCGCUUUCUCAGACUGAGCGGUGUUUGACUGCCCGUGGCAAAGCCGUGUCUCUUGAGCCGUGCAAGGGAGACGCACAGAAAUGGUCAUACGGGCUAUCGGGGAAUCUUAAGAACGACAACACGGAGAGCUGUUUGACGGAGGGAUUGGAGGUCUUGAGCAGCUGUGGCCAGGAGAUGGACAGUCAGGUAUUUGGAUUGCCCAGUGGAGUGCAUCUGUUUGAAUGA